UUUCCCUCGGGUUUUGUUCUUUGCUAUGACAGCUGUUUUAAUAGUCUGUUUAAUUGGUUGGUUAGAAGCGGGUAAACAAAUUUGUUAAUAGUAUUAUAAACAACUCCAUUAAUAAUGUCAAAAGUGAUAGAGAUUUCAGACUCUGACGAUGAAAACGAAAAAUUUGCAAGCAGCAUAGGAGCUGCACCAGCAGUAACUUUGCCUCUACCCAGUAACAGACCCACUAAUGACAUCUCGAAUUUGGCAAAAGAAAAGUCAAAUGUGAUUCCUAAGCAUAGUGUGUCACCUUCACCGAUGGUAAUCUCGGAAGUUGCUUCUCUCAAUGCAACGUCAAUGCCCACGAUUGUAUCUGUGCAAGGAGGAGCAGAUGCUGCGAGUGGUGCGACCACAACACCCACAACGAGUCCCCAAAGUGCAAAAAUAGCACAACCAAAUAAACGAAAUCGACGCAAGAGCAUGCAUCAUCCAUUGUGUGUAAGUCCGGAAAUUGAAUUUGAAACCAUAGCAUUAGAAGAUGAUGAAGAGAAUGCCUCUACUAAAGAGAAAACUAAAAUACAUACCAACACUGAAGUUGUGCAGCAGCAAAAUAAAUCACCAAAAUCGCACAAAACUGUGUCUAACAAUCUGAACUCACAAGUAAACCCACCGGCAAGCUCAAAUGAAAAAGAGUUCAGGGAUGCUUGCAGUGAGUUGCUCAAGUCUGAAAGAACUAUAGCAUUACUUAGGCAAGUAGCAGAGGAUCGUGUACGUAUAAACUUUUUGCUGGCCUCCUAUAAUAUGGCGGAAAUACAUUUUUCGGUGCACACAAAGCUUGAAGUUUUGCAAACUCAACUGAAUGAGCGUAUGAAACGUAGAAAAUGGCAACAAGAGAGAAAGCGUAAACGAUUAUAUCGAUAUAAUCCACGCGCAGAAACAUAAUUGUUUAUAUCCAACAAUAUCAGAUUUGUUGUUGUAUUACUUUUUUGAUAUUUUUGAAUCAAUAUAUAAUUGUUUUAAUCUG